GAAUUUCAUUUACGUAUUGAACAACUGCUUCUGUUGCAUUUUACAAAAAUAUUUUUGUUAUUUGAGUUGGUUAUAAGCUACAAAAUUUUAAGUUAUCCAAUACAAAAUUCGGUUUCGGCACUUUGCAACAUAAUAUGUUUUGCUAUACUCUACACACUUGUGACUUUACAGUUGACCCAACUAAAACUAUUUUUUUAACGAAAAGUUGCUGUUUUUCAAGUCUGCUAUAUUAGUUUGUUACCAGCUAAAUAGUAUUGUUGAGAUUUGUUUUGCAAAGUUACUAAAAAUAAACGAAAAAUUUGGCUGUGAUCAACUAAUAUUGAUUAUGUUGGUUUUAGAAUAUUUUUGGUUAUCAAUAAUACAGCAAUAUAAUAGGUGGUGAAUAAAGUUAUGCUGCGCAUAACAAAACGUUUUGGUUGCAUCAAACACGGUCACGGAAGUAACCUGUAGAAACCUGUUCUUCUCGUGUUGCGUUGCGAGUAGGUACUUGCGAGGCGAGUGUAGGUGUAGGUAGUGGAUGUGUGUCUGUUGUGCAAUGUGCAUCGUCUAUGGCAAGCGGGAAAGCCGGCGUUUUCGAUUUUAUGCAUGAAUCAUAUAUCAUCAAGCAACGUCAAGAAGAUUUCAAGAAUGGAGCCGCCGCCGGUAGACGAGGCGGCAGAGAAAACGAUCUCGGACUAUCUGCGGUCUUGGAGAUUGGAAGCUUACAUUCCAAAAUUUUUGGAAGAAUCCAUUGAUGUGGAGACUCUCCAAAUGUUGUCAGAGGCUGACUUGAAAGACUUAGUGCCAAUUAUUGGACACCGGGCUAAGCUGACGACACAAAUCAAACUUUUGACCAAUAUAAUGUCAAAUGCUUUUGAGAACACUGUAAGUAAUAAUAACAAUAAUUAAUACUUAAUUAGUCAUUUAAAUCUACACUAAUAUUAUAAAGCGAAAAGAUUUGUAUUUCUGUGUGUGUGUGUG